AUGGCCGAGAAGUCGCUAGCGGCGCUGCCACCAAGCGCGCGGAGGGCCAAGCUGCCGGCAGUGAAGGCGGGCAUCCUGCGGAGGCUCCUGAGCCAGGCCCGCCACGACGAGCCCACCGCCAGUGCGACGCCGGCGAAAGCUGCGAGCGCCGACCCGGCCAGCGCCGGCCCGCCGGGCGCGGCGCCGGCGCCGCCUCAGCCGGAUAGCUUUGCUGAUGCUUUUGGUGACGAUGAGGAGCUGGAGAGGCUGCGGUGCACGCUGCGGCGACCACCCACUGAGCUGCCCCCGCCGCAGGACGGCGUGGAAGCCUUCGGCGACGAGCCCUGGUUCGCGGAGCCCAAAGUGCGGCAGGCGCUGGAGGAAGCGGUGGAGGCGGCCCACGGGAGCUUCAAGAUCCUGGUCGGGGAUCCUGGGGAGGAGAUUGCCAGGAUCUGCCCCUCCAACAAAGCCACGCCGCUGCCGGGCGCGGUGCUGCGUCUGGGCGGUGCCCACCUCGGAGGCUUCGGGGAGCCGGACAUCGCCUACGCCUUCCGGCAACUCUCGAGAGCCUUGCACCCGGACAAAAACCCGGACAACCCGGAUGCAGGCGACGCCUUCAAGCGCCUCAAGGAAGCGCAGGAUGAGCUAAAGCAGAGCUUGGAUGCCUCCCGUGCACUUCAGCGGCGUUUGGCAGCCCCAUUCCCCCUCCGCGCGGCAGGCGAGCUGAAGCGGCCCCAGAGCGCCCUCUUCGCGGAGGCCUCGCGGCUGCUGGGCGCAGUGCUGGCGCUGAAGGGCCAAGGCUGGGUGCCUCGCGCGGCGCAGCAGCGGGCGCAGACCUGCCUCCGUCUGCCGGAGCGCGGGGGCUGGGCGCAGCCCGAGGCCGCGCCGGAGCACUUCGUGCGGGGCUGGCUGGCGGAGAGUGGGGAGCUGCUGGAGGCGAUGGCGCAGCCAGCUCUGCGUAGCUCCUAUGACUGCGCGCCCAAGCGCUAUCGCGCGCACUUCCUCUGCCUGCUGGCCAGAGCCGCGCAGAUUGAGAGUGACAGCAGCGACGGCUGCGUGCGCCGGCAGUGGAGCAAGAUCUGGGAGACCUACCCCGAGAUCCAACUCUGGCAGCAGCUGCGGCAGCUGAUCCUCAAGAAGCGGCAAGUCCAUGGACGACAGCCCAAGCGGGACGCGGCGGGGAAUGCCAAGAUGGCGGACCAGGACUGGUCCAGCUGGUCGAAGCGUUGGCGGAAGCUGAUCAGCGCAGUGCUGCCCGGCGGAGAAGACGAGGCGGCGCCCUGGUCGGACCCCGAGCUGCGGAAGCUCUGCGCGGCGCUGUGGCGGGACUUUGCAGACCCCCUGGAGAAGGAUGAGGGUGAGGAUGGCGAGUUGGCCAGGCGCUGCCUGAUGCUCUUCCGCGCGGAGAGCCGUGGGGCGGCCGACGUGGAGCAGCAGCGGGGCGCCGCACCGGCGGAGUGGGCCUUCGUGCCGGCCGCGGACCUGCUGUUGCUGGUGGGGGAAGGCUUGGUGGGCGUCACCGUGGAAGGGGUCUUUGUGAGGGCGAAGGGCCGCCUGCCCUUCGCCUCCGCCAUCUUUCAGACCAUGAUUUCGCUUGGCAAGUCCGCCAUGAGCGUGACAGAGCCUGAGGCCAGGGGCAAGGGACUGGCGAUUGUAGGGAGCUGCGUCUGCGAGGUCUUGUAG